AUGAAGGUCAUCAAAGCUCUGUAUGACUAUGAACCACAGUCGACGGAAACACAGGAGCUCUCCUUCCACAAGGGUGAUUUUUUCCAUGUUAUCAGUCGCGAAGACGAUCCCGACUGGUACGAGGCCUGCAACCCGUUGAUACCCACCGCUCGAGGACUGGUACCUGUCGCGUUCUUUGAAGUGAUCGGCAAGACCGAGCGACAGAGUGGAGGAUCCAUACAGUCAGUGGGUGCCAAACAAGAGAGUCAUGACUCAGGGUUCUCUGACCGAGGUGCGGGGCAAAACAGACCAGACUCAACUACUAACACAACGCGAAGCGCGGCCAAUGCCCGUUCGUCCACAUCGGUUGGGAAGAGUUCUGGUGCCAUGGUGUAUGGGAUAGUGCUGUAUGACUUUGAUGCAGAACGACCUGACGAGCUGGAAGCAAAAGCCGGCGAAUAUAUCAUAGUGAUUGCACAAUCAAAUCCAGAAUGGUUUGUCGCGAAACCGAUUAGACGAUUGGGAGGCCCUGGUCUUAUUCCAGUAUCGUUCAUCGAAAUCCAGGAUAUUGCUACGGGAAAGCCUGUUGCAGAUCCUAAUGAAGCAAUUCAAAGAGCCGGAGUACCGAAGGUGGAAGAGUGGAAGAAGAUGGCAGCAGAUUACAAGAACAGCAGUAUAAGCUUGGGCAAAUUCGAUGCACAGCAGCAGAUGACUUCAGAUAUGGGCAGAAUGAGUCUAGGAAGUGCAGGAACACCCUAUCACAACCAGCCAUCAAAUGGAUAUGGCUCACAUCAAAAAUCAUCAAGCAGGUCUGGACCACCGGGCCAGUAUUUUAGACAGUCACAACAGCAAAACCUCCUUGCCCCAGUCUCGGCUUCGUUGCCCAGAUAUUGUUUCGACAACGACAUGUAUUGGUACAUCAUCGAAUGUCAGAUGGAGGAUGGUAGACAUUGGGAGCUUUCACGUUACUAUGCAGAUUUCUAUGACUUCCAAAUUGCGCUCCUUAAAGAGUUUCCAGAGGAGGCGGGGAACAGAGGCUCGCCACGCACUCUUCCAUUCAUGCCAGGACCUGUUGCCCAUGUGACGGAUGCAAUCUCCAAUGGCAGAAGGCAGAACCUGGAUGAGUAUAUUCGCAAGAUUCUCUCCAUGCCACCCCAUAUCUCAAGGUGCCAACUUGUCCGCGCAUUAUUUGCACCAAGACCGAAUGAUUUCGAGAUCGAUCCUAAUGCUGUUGGCGAAGACUACCGACUUUCUGGGGCAUCGCAACACUCCACACUUAACGACCCUUCGCAGUCAGCUUCCCGCCAGUCCUCGAAUGGUGCCAUGAACGGCAGUGCUUAUGGCGGGAUGCCACCUCCUUCGACGCGUCCUGCUCAUCAAAGAGGCCAACCUUCUCUAUCCGGCAGUCCGGCUGCUUCAGCCAAUCCCGGCUUCCUACAGCCCAUGAAUCGACAGCCAAGCUCGUUAACCCAGGCAUCAGUGACGUCGAGUGCUGCACCCACCUCAGGUGGUGCGAUGAAGGUCAAAGUCAUGUUUCAAGAAGAACUGAUCGUCAUCAGAGUCCCCUCCGAUAUCACCUAUCUGCAGCUAAAAGACAAACUCAGAGAUCGGCUUAAGGUGUCGGAGGAACUCGUCAUCCAAUAUAAGGAUGAACCUAGCAACAGCAGGGUGAAUCUCAACAAUGAUACUGACUUGGAUGUUGCAUUGCAAAGGAAUACGAAGCUCACGCUUUUCGUGAAUUAUGCUUCAUAA